AUGAUUAAUUACUAUAUUAAUUACAUAUGAAUGAAAAUAGCAUAAAUAAUAUUUUAGAAAAUUUAUCCGAUUGGUCUGGCUAUGACACGGAUAGUGAUUUGGAAAAUGAAGAUCUUGGGUUGGAGAAUGGUAAUAUUGCAUCAAUUUCUGAAAAUGUGCAGUCAACUGCAAAACAAAGUAACGGUCAACAUUCAGAGCCUAUUUGGGUGGAUGUUGAUGAAGAAUUACAGCCUCAGUUUAUAUUCAAUCAAAUGGAUGAACCAGUUGGUAUUAAUCCAGAUAUAAUUGAUAGUUUAUCUGAAGUUGAAGAAACAAACAGAUAUGCUGCAGAGUUAUUAAUAUCUGUAGUUAGUCCUCAUUCACGCCUUAAAAAAUGGGAAAAUGUUACUUAUACUGAAAUGAAAACAUUCUUAGGAAUUAUUAUGUGGAUGGGUUUAUGUCCUCAACCUUCCAUAGCUUCAUACUGGAAAACAAAUAGUAUUAUUUAUACAUCCAAUAUGCCUCAAUUUAUGAAGAGAAAAAGAUUUGAACUUCUUUUGCGAACAUUUCACUGCUGCAAUAAUGCUCUUUGUCCUCCAGGUGACCGUUUAUACAAAUCUAUGUGUAUUGUCGAGUCAAUAAUUCCAUUUACUGGUCGUCUGUCAUUUAAGCAAUAUAUACAAAAUAAAGCUCAUAAAUAUGGUAUUAAAGUAUUUAAACUAUGCAUUAAUAACUUCUACACUAUUGGGUUUAAAAUUUAUGCUGGUAAGGAGGCUAUGGCUGGUCAGAGAGUGUCAACAAAAGUGGUAAUGGAAAUGGCAGAAGAUUACCUUGAUUUAGGCAGAACAAUGUAUACAGAUAAUUGGUACAGUAGUUAUGAUUUGGCUAGUGAACUUUUGAACAGAUCUACUAAUUUGGUUGGUACUCUUCGUUCCAACAGAAAAUGUAAUCCAAAAGAUGUGGUAAACAAAAAACUAAAAAAAGGAGAAGUGUUUGCAAAGCAAUGUAAUAAAGGAAUAACUGUUUUAAAAUGGAAAGAUAAGCGUGAUGUACUAAUGAUAUCAACUCAACACUCCGAUUCUCAAGCUACUAUUUUAAAUAAACGAGGAAAAGAAGUUAAAAAACCUCAAGUUAUUAUAGAUUAUAAUAAAGGUAAAGGGUUAGUGGAUGUCACUGAUCUUAGAAAUUCAUACCACAACCCACUUCGUAGAACUUUAAAGUGGUAUAAAAAAAUUAUUUUUGAAUUACUUCUAAACACAUCAGUUCUCAACGCAUUAUCAUUAUAUGAAGAAAUACAUCAAGAGAAAAUGGAUAUUACUGUGUUUAGAGAAAUACUGGUUAAAAGUUUAUUAAAAACAAAUGAAAUGAAUUUGUCUAAAUCAGUACAAAAUACACAAUAUCAUGAACUAGAAAAAGUUAAAUCAAGAGGACGUUGUUUUGUUUGCUAUAAAGAAAUGAUGCUUCAAGGACGCACUCAUGCUCAAAAAAUAACCAGGCAAGUAACAACAAAGUGUAAAAUUUGCAGUAAAUUUUUUUGUAUGCAAUGUUUCUUCAGUGAACAUAAAUUUGUGUAA